UUGGACGAAAGGUAGUUCUUCCGGUGCUUCUUUUUGGUAACAGACGCGCGGUCACGCAGCUUGGCUCGUCUCUGGAUAACUUGCGCCAGAACACGAGCCCGGGCGCGUCGGCUUCCCCGGUGCCUUCCCAAGAUGGCGAUGGCGAUUGCCUGCGGCUGCGGGGUCUCGGUGGCCGCGCCGUCCCUAACCGGCGGCAAGAGCAACCGCAACUCGCCCCAACGCCGCAGCCUCCGCUUCCAUCCCCGUGGCCGUGGCGUGGCCGCUCGCUUCUCCGGCAAAUCCGCCGACGCCGACACCAAGGCGGAGGCAGACUCAGGGCGGCGCGUCGAGGAUGACCCAAGUUACCUGUUGAAACUUGGGCUCGGAUCCGUUGCCGGCGCGGCGGCUAUCAAGUAUGGAAGCAUCCUGUUACCUGACAUCACAAGGCCAAACAUCGUGGUGGCGUUGUCGAUGGUGUGCAUCCCUGUGGCCGUUGCCGUCGUGCUCCUGCUCAAAGCCGGCGGCUCGAGAGAGGACUAGCAUGAACGACAAGCUCCAGAUGAUCAUGGAGUUCAUUUGAUCCAACUUUUUUUCCCGGCAAAUCUCGCGAGGAAAAGAAAAUUGCAACCGUGGCUGAGUACUCUUGUAUGGAAUUAAUCGAUGAUCAACCUCUGAUUGUUCUGAUUA